UUAUCACAUUUCACAAAUCUUGAUCACUCCCUCUACAAUAUAUUCUCUCUUCCUUCGUGUUUCUUCCUAUUUACAAGUGCAUUUGUCAUCUCAUACAUACACUCAAGGCCUUGUUGGUAUAUAUAAACAUACACCAUAGUGUAGUUCUAUGGAUCAAUCAGGCUUAGUGCCAAUGCUGGAAGUCACAGGAUCAAGUUCAUCGCAUUCGAGGGGAUUAUGUGUUGCUGUUCCUCAAGCAUUGGAAGGUCUACAAGGCGCAAGUCCUCCCCCGUUUCUGGCUAAAAUUUGUGACCUUGUUGAUGACUCGAGGACCAACCAUAUUGUUUCUUGGAGCAAAGGCAAUAACAGUUUUGUUAUUUGGGAUCCUGACUCUUUUGCCAAUCAGCUUCUUCCCAAGUACUUUAAGCACAGUAACUUGUCCAGUUUUAUCAGACAGCUUAACACAUAUGGUUUUAGAAAAGUUGAUCCAGACAAAUUGGAGUUCGCUAGUGAAUGGUUUUUAAGGGGACAGAGGCAUCUUUUGAAACAAAUUAAGAGACGGAAACCACCUCCUCAUCCUCAGAAUUUACUCCAAGGUCCCAGUCUUUCUUGUGUAGAAGUAGGUCAGUUUGGGUCAGAAGCAGAAACUGAUUGCUUGCAGUCUGAGACAAAAGUUUUAAGGGUGGAAUUAGUUAGACUUAGACAAGAACAUCAGAACACUAAAGCACACCUUAAAGCUAUUGAAUUUAGACUAAGAGACACAGAGAUUAAACAACAACAUAUCAUGGGCUUCUUGACUAGAAUGAUCCGGAAUCCAAGUCUAGUUCAGAAAUUAUUUGAAUCAGGGAGAAGGGGUGAGCUUGUGGAAGCAAUUAGUAAGACAAAAAGUAAGGGAACUGAUCAAGUUUGUGGAAGUGUUGAGUUCAGAGAGAUAAGUCAAGGUAAAAGACAAAUUUAUGUUGAAUUAGGAAGUAAGGAUCUUACUGAUGCAGAAAUUCCGGAAAUGAACACACUUUCUAUUGAAAUGCAAGCAGUAGAAGAAACUUCGAAGGGAAGUGACGAGGGACAAGAUGGAGGAAAUAAUGGACUCGAUAAGAAGUUUUGGGAAGACUUGUUGAAUGAUACGAAUGAAGAAGAGUUAGGUUUGUUUGGCUGAUCAGCGUAAAUUUAGUGUAAUUAAGAUUGUUACCAGUCCGACUUGAUGAUCCUGGAAGGCAUUAACGAUCUUCUUCUUCAUUCUCCAUCAAUCUGAAACCUACCUGAUAUUUUAUUUUA